UGGUCAGUAUCGCUAGUCUCGAUUCCAUUAAGCUUGCAGCGAUGUUGCGUUACGGUGGCUUUUUCUGUUUUAUUUUAAUUAACUUAAUCCUCGUCCGGGCCGAAUGUCCUCCAGAACGGGAACAGGACUUGCACGACGAGGCUAAGCUGCACAGCGAUUUAUUAUGCGCCUACAAUUCAGACUAUCGUCCUGUAAAGAACCACAAAAGUGCCGUAAAUGUUAAAGUGCGCUUUGCUUUAAAAUAUAUCAGCUUCGAUUCGUUGGAAGAAACGAUAACUCUCCACAGUUGGGUGGCUCUAAACUGGAAGGACGAGUAUUUAAAUUGGACACCGAGUGAUUACGGUAAUAUUCAAGAAGUUCAAAUCGAGAGUCAUGAAAUAUGGUCGCCGAGUAUGGCUCUGUUUAACGCAGAUGCUUCCACAUACCAAUCGGACUCGUUUUAUACAACUUGUUUGGUUAAUAGCGAGGGAACGGUCACGUGCGUCCCGCACAUUGCGCAUACAGGCAUUUGUCGCACGACACUGCGCAGCUGGCCGUACGAUGUGCAGAAUUGUACACUCUAUUUCGGCUCGUGGAUGCACACUGGCGAACAGGUGAACUUUACAUUUUACAAUACAAAACCGGUCGUUCUUGACGAUUUUCAAAACGGUCCUGGUUGGAAACUUUUGAACGUCGCUCACGAUCGAUUACCGGGAGCAUAUAAUUGUUGUCCCAACAGUACGUAUCCGAUGUUAAAAUACACAUUUACAUUGCGAAGAGAAGCAGCCGGACCAGCUGCAAUUAUUGUAGUUCCAUCGAUCGUCAUCGUACUGUUGACCCUUACUUCUCUAUUGAUGGAUAUUAAGGACAAUACUCGAUUAAUGCUGAUAUGUUUCAGUUUGUUCGGUCAUUUUAUUUUUAUUACCGAAAUCGGAUAUAUAGUACCUAAGCUAAGUUCCGACACACCGAUUAUAUUGUUAUUUAUCCGAGAUUCGAUGGUAGUUACACUGGCGGGUAUAUUGGUAACAUUAAUGCUGAUGUCUCUGAGGAAACGAACUCUGCCGCCGCCGUCGUGGAUUGUAUCCCUCAACCGACUCGUAAGCAGCGGGCCUGGACGAUACGUUGUUUUCACAGAAUUCGAUCCCAACGUUUCUGUUGAAGAUAAGGCGCUCACGGACGAUUCUGUUUCCGGUUCCAACAACGACAAAUCCAACGGCGCUGUGGAUUGGAUCCAGUUUGCUAAUCUGCUUAAUACUUUUGUAUUUAUUGUAUCAUUUGUUGUUUAUUUCAUUUUAAUAACUACUUAUAUCCCUACUGAUUCUUAAUUAGUUAUAAAAAAAUAUACAAAAAAUUACGAUUAAUCUUACAAAUUAUGUUAAAUUCUACCUCUAAAAAUAGUUUAAUGU